AUGUCUAUACUCCGUACCUCCGUUCGUACCCGGACGCUUCUACCCAGGACUUUCCGCACCACCCCUCGAUCCCUCCCUUUCCUCACCCAAUAUCGCUUCGCCUCUGGCACAUCCGAUUGGUCGGGCCGUCAGCCUCAAGAGCACGUUCAAAACCGAAGCGACGAGCUGGAUGUCCAAUCGGGGGCAUCGCAAUCAGGGAAAAGAGAAAGAGUUGCUGACAACGAGAGCGUGAGUCAGGGUACGUCGGAGAAAGAUUCAGGGAACCAGAAUGAGCAAGCCCAGAAAGAUCAUCCAGAGGCACCAGGGCCAGUGAUUGGCAUGAAUGAUGAGAGGGGUCAAAAGGGCCAUAAGGAUUAA